AUGCCACUCUGCGAGCAACCCGUCCCCGAGACCGAUGCCAGGCUUUUACUCCUGAACGACGACGAUCCCGAGUUCAAGGACAAGAACGGUGACAACCACGUCGAUCCUCCGCCUGCUCCUGGUCAACAGCCGAAUCAACAACAGCAGCGUGAUGAGAACCAUGCUACCUCUGUUGCUGCUGUUGCCGGUCGUCCUUCGGUUGACACAUUUGGCAUCUAUCAAGAGUUCGAUGCCAUCGAGCAAUUGAGCGCCAACGGCGAUGGCCGCGAUGGGGAUGAGCUUGGUCUCACCCCCAACAGUGGUGACAUCAAUGUCAGUCAAGAUGUCGGCCGAGGUGACGGCGGCGGUUCUGCUGCUAGUUCUGGCCACGCGGAUACUCAUCCCAACUACGUCCACCAGCAGCAACGACCUCCUUACCACCAUUGCAUCGCGGUGUUGGAUGAAAAGGACUCGACCGAGUUGAAUUCUGCAUCGGCAGCUCCUUUGGGCUUUGUUCCUCAGCCUGGUGAUGAGAAUACUACCGUUGCCCACCCUGGUCUUUCUGCCUCUUCUGAUGAGAAGCGUGCAGCUUUGCGUUCUUGCUUUUCGACCUCGUCGUCUUCGAUCUCUCCGUUGGUCCUGCCUUCGCCAUCCAAGCUCUUGUCGGACGGGGAUUAUGGUGUUGCUGUUGGUGAUGAAAAGUCUGACACGCCGCCGCCGUCAUCGACUGUUCCAUCAAUGUCUCUGGCUGCAGUCACUGCUUCGUCGACGACGACGCAGUCGCAGUGCAAGACUCCUCCUCCUCGAGCAAGCCAUCUUCCUUGGCGUGUUUCUUCUCCCCCGAACUCCUCAGCCGCGAUGUUGAACGGUGACCCUCUCUCUACCACCGAGACCUCUGCAGGUCAUUCCUACAUGCGUGAAACCUCCGACGGUGCCUCGGCCUCUGAGGAUCGCAACACCUUCUCGGCCACCGAUUGGAAACAAGAGCAGCAGCAACACUCUGCCUCGAUCAUGGAGCAGACUUGGGCUCCCGCUUCGAGCGCUAUCCACGGCCCAACUCUGCUCUCCACCUGGGAUGACUUGCGUUCGUCGCCCUUUGACGAUCACUCUGGCAGCAGCAAGCCGUCCUUCCCUACUGCUACCUACAACGGUGCCCCCGUCUCACUGGCCUCCUAUGUUACUUCAAACAACAUCGCAGCCGGAUCUCACUCGUUCGGCGCCACCGCCUGGCCGUCUGAAUCUGGGUCCGGGUACAACCAGUCUUCGCCUUACCCGUCAUCUCCAAUUCGACUUGACGAUCCAGCGGUUCUGGCCGAAUAUGCACGUUACCCAUCUCACAAGGUGGCUUCUCCUAUGCAUGAUCCCUUGCCUCCGCAAUUUUCUUCGUCGUCGUCUGGGGGUUUCCAUUCGUACCUUCAUUCUGGUUACUACAGUGGUCCUCCUGGGCUCCGCUCUCCAUCCUAUGCCUCGUCGAUGGACGUGUAUCAGUCCACUCGAACCGGAUCUGGAUCUGGUGGUCAGUUCUUGCAUUCUGCAUCUGGGCCGGGACCGUCUUACUCGCACGGGUUCUCGACGCCCAUUCUCCCAUCCUAUGAUCGUAUGCCGUCCUCUGUGCUGAUGGGUGGUUCUGACACCUUCUCGUCGCCCACGGUGCCCAGCAACAGUCUGUACAACCCGACAUCAAUAUCAGCUUUCUUGCCGCCAUUCAAUAUGAGUGGCAACAACAACGGUAUUUCUCCCGCGAGUUACAACGGAUCCAAGGGCUCUUCUUCUUAUCCGCAAGACCCGCUUUCUCCUUCGUCAAUCCAGCAGUAUGCCACAUUUACGGCCGCGAUGGGUCGAACAAUGACCAAGCAGGAAAUGCAGGCUACGGACCCUGACCCAAAGUUCUGUCAUAACUGCAAGACGACUGCUACUCCGAGCUGGAGACGGUGCCCUCAAGGUCGUAUUUUGCUUUGCAACGCUUGUGGUCUCUACCAAAAGCUGCAUGGCAAGGCCCGCCCAUUCUUCAGGUCAAAGGACGGCACAAUCAAAAUCCACAGAACCCUCCCCGAGCACGACCCGUGCGCAUUCUGCAAAACGACUCAGACCCCCGUCUGGAGGAAGGGACCUGACAACUUGUUGAUUUGUAACGGCUGCUCUUUGAUUGCUCGACAUGGCAAAUCGUUGGUCCGACCUUCGCCUGCAUCCAACGAUGUCUCUUUUGAUGGCAAUGGUGCAGUGUCUUCGACGUCGGCUAGGCCAUCCUUGUCUUCGGCAUCGGUAUCGGCUUCGCCCUCUGUCAGCACUGGCAAGCGAUCACGUGCCCGAUCGGGCAAGUCAUUGGCGCGAUCAGAGACGCCCUUUGAUCAGCAUUAUGACACCAUGUCAGGCAACCUUUCGCCACCACCCUCGGAGCUACACAAGUCCAGAUUCAAGUCGUCGUCAUCGUCGAGCCGCAGAAGCUUUCACCAACGCCGUAACAAUCGCUCGGCUGGUCGAGGCUCCACCACCGCCACCACCGCCCCAGUUCCUAACAGCGUCCAUGAGACUGCGGUGUCGCGUAUGUCGACCAAAUGUCGACCAGCCAGGAAGAAAAAAAAUUCCAGCUCUUCCUCCAGACGCGUUCUUUGCGACGACACUGUCGCUGACGAAGCAUCCAUGCCCAUCUCGAUGUCUAUGGCGGAUCAACCCACAUCCGGGGGCAGGUCUUACCCUCUCUCGAUUGGCCUUUCUCAGGGUUACAAGUCUGGCGCAGAUGAUGGUGAGGGGUACGGAGUCUUUGGAGACGUCGGAAGUUAUGACGGUGGAGAUGCUAGAGGAGGGGAGAUGGGUUAUGACAUGAACGACUGGCGUCAGCAACGCCAGCAUCCGUCCUUGUCCCCACUGCCCUUCUACCCUGACGACGCCGAGCCUUUCUUGCCCAGUCCUGAGGGCAGCCAUGGUGGAAACCACGGUGGUAUUGGAGCUGCCUUUGAGCGACACCAACAGCAGCAGCAGCAGGGCCAGUUGCCAUCGCGCUCAAAGUCGGCGCUCUACUCGUCGCGCUCAUACCCCACGCAGCCGCACUACGGUCACCAGCAUCACCAACGGCAGCAGGGACAGCAACAUCACUACAACUGCCAGCAGCAGUAUGACCGCCAGCCAGAGGGUCAUCGAGUCCAUCCCACUCCACCUUCGGAUUUCCCCUACAGCCCUUCAGUCGCCAACGGUAUUCAAUCUGAAGCUGUUACUGCACCAGUUCCCACCGCUGUGGUUUCGACCACCGUCGGUUCUGGCGCCAACACCAUGACCGAAGCACCGGUCAGACCCGCUUCUUCUUCUUUGUCGGCGAUCCCAAACUCCUCGAAGGAGCCGAUGUUACCUUCCACCUCGUUGCGCCAGGGCGAGUCCACUUCCACCGGCAAGAACACAGUCUGCAUCAAGCAUGAAGGAAUUGAUGACGAUGAGAAUGGCGUUGAGGAAGAGGAAGCGGUCGAUGGCGAAGGGAAGGCGGCCUCGGUGACCAACACUGGAAGCGAUCUGUCCUCAGCGGAGGAAUAUGAUUCGGACGAGUGA